AUGACUGGAAUUAACAAACAUGGAAUGGCCCAUACCCCCCCAGGUUCCCCAGCGACACAGUCGAGUGAGGAAUUCAAGCUCGUCGCUCCCGCACGUGGAAAGCAGCGAAAUCGAUCGCUGCCCGGAGACGGACUCACUUUAUGGAGUCUUCCUAGAGAGCUGCGAGACCAGAUCUACGAGCUCGUCUGCCUGACAGGCCAGCAGGGUGUGCCCAGCUAUCCCCAUCUUGUCUGCAAGCAAAUGGCAUUUGAGACCGAACGGAUUUACAGCAACCCCAAUUUCUCCGAAGUAAUGCACGCCAACGCAUGGAAGCCAGACUGGACACCACGUGAAAUUCCUUCACAACCACAUUUGCCACUCCACGGCAAGCACAAAAAGCAAAAGAGCGUUUGCUUCACCAUUCCCACGUUGCGCACUCCUGGAUACAAAGGUCUUCUCGUCGAUGCGUGGUAUUUCGAGGAGGAUCCCGGCCACGUCGACGGGUCAUAUGUCUGGGUCAGGGCCAGAGCUCGAGACCGGACGGAGACGAGACGGCCAGAUUUCAUGUUGCUCGGUGCGCCAGCUAAAGCAGUCAUGGCAGAAGCCCUGGACCGAUUGGACGCAAUUCAAAGUCAUCUACCGCGCAAGGCUCUAGUAGUCGAGAAACAUGUCCGUGGUGCAUUGGAGGACAUUGCGGGCAGAGUGCGGAGUGACUCUCAAGGACUAUAG